ACUCCUCUGGAAAAGGCAGAGUUCAUCAAUGUAACUCCGGUCAGUCCGAAACUGCGCCGUUUACCUGGAUAAGUCCAUCCCGACGAGAAGAGAGAGAGAGAGAGAGAGAGAGAGAGAGAGAGAAAGAGAGAGAGAAAGACAAGAGACUAACCGAGUGGAGUGUCGACGUCAAAUUGUGAAGGAAAAGAGAAGAAUAUGAUUGUCCAGCAGCACUUGAUCUUCAUCCUUUACAGCCUCUGUGCAAGCGUCUUUAAAGUGGCUGGGACAAAAAGCAAAGCGAAAGGUAGCCAAGGUCAGUUCCCCAUUACUCAGAAUGUGACGGUGGUGGAGGGGGGCACAGCCAACAUGACCUGUCGUGUGGAUUACAAUGAUAACACUUCCCUCCAGUGGUCAAACCCUGCACAACAGACCCUGUUCUUUGGAGACAAGAAAGCUCUGAGAGACCACAGAAUCGAGCUGGUGCGAGCCUCAUGGCAGGAGCUCACCAUCAGAAUUAGUGACGUCAGCCUGUCAGAUGAGGGCCAGUACACCUGCUCGCUCUUCACCAUGCCUGUCAAGACCACCAAGGCCUUCCUCACUGUUCUGGGAGUCCCAGGACGGCCGGAGAUCACAGGAUUCACCAAGCCUGCCACAGAGGGGGAUGUAAUCACCCUGACGUGCACCACAUCAGGCAGCAAACCAGCCGCCAACAUCCGGUGGUUCCGAAAUGACAAGGAGGUCCAAGCUGGCACCAAGGAGGUGAAUGCCACAGGAAAAUCAUUCACAGUGAGGAGUAGCGUCCAGUUCCAGGUGGACAAACGGGACGACGGCGUCGCCUACACCUGCAGCGUGGAGCAUGUGUCUCUGUCCAACCCCUACAUGACAACUGAGGUCCUGGAGGUCCACUAUGCUCCCCAUCUGGAGAUCACACAUUCACUGAUUAUUCCACAGGAAGGGCAAUACUUCAAAUUGGAGUGUAUUUCCAUAGGCAACCCGAUACCUGAACCGGUGCUGUGGUCUAAAGAUGGAGGAGAGCUGCCAGACACUGAGCGUAUGAUUGUGGAGGGCAGGGAACUAACCAUCACCACACUAAACAAAACAGACAAUGGCACAUACCGCUGCGAGGCCAGCAACGACCUGGGGACCAGCAGUGCUGAAUACAUACUGUUUGUAUAUGCCAAAGACUUUCCAGGGCCUACGACAGAUCCUAAUGCUUUAGGACAACAUGGACCUGACCACGCUUUAAUCGGCGGAGUUGUUGCAGUCGUGGUCUUCAUCACCUUGUGUUUGAUAAUAGUUCUUGGACGAUAUCUGGCCAGACAUAAAGGGACAUAUCUAACACACGAGGCCAAAGGAGCAGAGGACGCCCCAGACGCAGACACAGCCAUCAUCAACGCUGAGGGAAACCAUGUGCAUGCAGAGGAAAAGAAAGAGUAUUUCAUUUAGACUUCUGUUGCUUUUU